CAGUAGCAGGAGCAAGGGCAGUAGCAGGCUUCGCUCUAAGAUCUUUGGUAGCAGGGGCAGUGGCCACCAGCACCAGCAGUGGUAGUGGUAGUGGUAGCAGCAACAGCACCAGCAGGAGCAGUGGCAACACCAGUAUCACCAAUAUCACCAGCACCACGAUGAUGCCCGUGUGUGUCCGGGUCCCGGUGUCCACUCUGUCCACUCUGUCCACCGGCCACGAUGCUCAGCCCCACGGGGGACAAUAAGCGGCUGCAGGAGCGGAGCGGACACUCGGCACCGGCCCGGCAUCUGCCCGAGCCCCGGCUCCACAUCACCGGCCCCACCGGCCCCGGCAACCCGGGCAACAGCGGCUCCAGCCCCGGGAACAGCAGCAACAGCAGCAACAGCAGCGGCGGCAGCGGCAGCAUGGAGCCCGCAGUCGGAGACGAUGAUGGUGACAUGGGAGCCGACGAGGUGCAGCUUCAUGUGACAGUGCUUCUCCGCGAGGAAGUCUCCCGGCUCCAGGAAGAGGUGCAGUGGCUGAGGCAGAUGAAGGAAAUGCUGACCAAGGAGUUGGAGGAUUCCAACGCGGGCAAGUCGGCCGAGAUCCUCUCGGUGACCGAGCUGAAAGUGCAACUGGCCCAGAAGGAGACGGAGCUGGCACGAGCCAAGGAAGCCCUGCAGGCCAUGAAGACAGACCGCAAACGGUUAAAGGCGGAGAAGGCCGACCUGGUAAACCAGAUGCAGCAACUCUACGCCACACUCGAGAGUCGGGAGGAGCAGCUCCGGGAUUUUAUAAGGAAUUACGAGCAACACAGAAAGGAGAGUGAAGAUGCAGUGAAGGUUUUAGGAAAAGAGAAAGAUCUUCUCGAACGAGAGAAGUGGGAUCUGCGGCGGCAAGCCAAGGAGGCAACCGAUCACGUGACUGCACUUCAAACACAGCUAGACUUGAAGGAGAACAGGAUUAAAGAACUGGAGGCAGAGCUGGCCAUGAUAUUGAACCGCACAGGCCAGAAAAUGGAAUAUCGCAUUUUCGAUCGUUCAGCUGAGAAGGAGCUCUUCCCUCGAGCGCUGGCGGCCAAGCAGUCCCUAGCCACCCUGACCAAGGACGUCCCCAAGAGGCACUCCCUGGCCAUGCCGAGCGAGAGCAUGUUGAACGGCAAUCAGGAGUGGGUGACGCAGUCCGACCUGCCGCUGACCGCAGCCAUCCGCCAGAGCCAGCAAACACUGUACCAUGCACACCACCACACGGUAGACAGGCAAGGAGUGCGGGUCAGUCCGUGUCACUCGAGGCAGCCGUCCACCGUGUCAGACGCCUCGCUGCUUGAGGGUGAAAGGUCAUCCACACCGAGUGACAUCAACUCACCGCGACAUCGGACACACUCGCUCUGUAAUAAAGAACUACAGAUGCUGGAAAAGUCGAAGGUAGACAAAAAAGCUGGAGAAACUCAGCGGUCGCUAGAAGAUCUAGAAGAACAAAAGAGGAAGAAAAAGAAGGAGAAGUUGGUGUUUGGUUCCAUCUCGCGGGUGUUUGCCAGGGGCAAGCAGCGGAAAUCCCUGGACCCCGGCCUGUUUGAUGAUUGUGACAGUCUAUCCAGCCCCACACACCUGAGCCUGAGCCUGUCGGAGGGGGAUGAGCAUCUGGACCGGCUCCAGCAGGUGGAGUUGGCCAGGAACAUGCCCAUGUCCCAGUGGAAGGCUGGCACGGUCCAGGCCUGGCUGGAGGUUGUCAUGGCGAUGCCCAUGUACAUCCGUUCCUGCACCGAGAAUGUCAAGAGUGGACGGGUGCUGCUGAGCCUGAACGACGAGGACCUGGAGCUGGGCCUGGGCGUGAACAGUUCGAUGCAUCGCAGGAAGUUGCGGCUCGCUAUCGAGGAUUACCGCGACGCCGAGAACGGCAAGGGGUUGUCCAAGGCAGCUGAGCUGGACCAUCACUGGGUGGCCAAGGCUUGGCUGAACGAGGUGGGUCUCCUCCAGUAUUCCCAGGCCUUCCACAACCACCUCAUUGACGGGCGAAUGCUGAACUCUCUGACCAAGCGCGACCUGGAGAAAUAUCUCAAUGUGUCCAAGAAGUUUCACCAGAUCAGUCUCCUGCUCGGCAUCGAACUCUUCCGCCAGUGGGACUUCGACAGAGAGAUUCUACACGAGAGACGGGCCUGGUGUGAAAACCACAAUGUGGACCCCCUGGUGUGGACCAACCAGCGAGUGGUGAAGUGGGUGCGGGACAUCGACCUGAAGGAGUACGCGGACAAUCUGGUCAACAGCGGGGUGCACGGGGCAGUAUUGGUGUUGGAACCCUCGUUUAACUCAGAGGCCAUGGCCACUGCGCUGGGCAUCCCCACCAACCGGCACAUCGUCCGCAGACACCUGUUCGAAGAGUUGAACCUGAUCGUCAAUCCUGCCAGGCAUGCAUUGUUGCAGGAAAGGCAGAGAUGGGUAUGUCAUGUACCACAGGGCCCAAUGGCACAGAAUCACAGUGGAGACAGUGUUCUAGGAUAUGCAGCCGAUGAGUCCAGCAGGAAAUACAGAACAGGAAGGGGACCAAUGGAUUCAUUGAAGGCCUUUGGUGGGAAAGAUCUCUGUUUCCGUGAGGGUUUCUCCGCCCGUACUCCAGGUGGCGGUGAGGAUCGAUUGUCCAGGCCAGCACCGAGCCCCCUGCAGACUUUCGCUGGCAUAGAGGUCACCAAUGUAUAGGGAGCAGAUGCACACUGGAAACUGACUGGGCUCGCUGGAGUUGCGUUCACCAACAAACCCAACCACACAACAGUGCACCGGCUCCUCACAACAUGCAAGUGUCGACUUGCCAACCAAGUCAAUGCAGAUUUUAAAAAAUAUUUAUGUUAAGUUCGUUGGGUCGCUAUUAUUUCCAGUAGGUUGUAAAUUGUCUUUGUGUCUUUGGGGAAGGAGUUGAGUGCUGACGGGCUGGCAUAAAGUUGUCUCUUGUUCGCUGGUUCAAGCCCAGGCUACGGGUCGACUAAUCGUGGGCAAGUAUCAGGAGCAUCGGAUUUACCCUGAGUCUUGCUUCCAGCAUCGCAGGUCCUCGUUGCUAAUUAAUUUUGAUUUAACAGAACGUAAUGGGGGAUUCAAAGUGGGCAGUGGACGUGCUCGAGUACAGGGCUUCUCCAAUAGUGCAUUGCAGUAAUGCUGCUAUAAUGUUAUAUUACUGUACAGUAAUGGGACUGUAAUGGUCCAAUAUUACAUCACUGUACUGUAAUGGGACUGUAAUGGGCCAAUAAUACAUCACUGUACAGUAAUGGGACUGUAAUGGGCCAAUGUUACAUCACUGUACAGUAAUGGGACUGUAAUUGUCUAACAAUACACCAAGGUACUGUAAUGGGACUGUAAUGGUCCAAUAUUACAUCACUGUACUGUAAUGGGAUUGUAAUGGUCCAAUAUUACAUCACUGUACAGUAAUGGUACUGUAAUA